ACGUCACUUCCCUUCGUCGCUGGCGUGUGCCACGUCUCACUUCCGCCGGCCCUCCUCCCACCCACCCCGCAGUCUCUCUCAUCCGCCUCCAUCUCGCGUCCCACACCGCCCUCCGCAACCCUACAACCAUGCCUGGUCCCGCAGCGAGCGCCUCCACCGUGGGAGCUAGCGGACGAUCGCCAAGCAGGGCGGUGUCCACUCGGCCCUCCGGGUCGUCCGUGCGGCAGAGGAAGGCGACGAGCAGCGGAGGAAGUAGCGCGUCUCGCUCUACCUCUGCCGGAGGAUCUGGGGGCAUGUGGAGGUUCUACACCGAGGAUUCGCCUGGACUCAAAGUUGGCCCCGUUCCUGUGCUGGUUAUGAGCCUGCUGUUCAUAGCCUCCGUGUUUAUGCUGCACAUCUGGGGCAAAUACACGCGCUCGUGAGCUGUGCUCCCCAUAACCGCAUCGACCAGAAGCCCUCGCAAGACACGCACAGCAGCAACAGCAUCACCGGCAACACCAGCAACAGCAGCUGCAUCAGCAAUACUAUCAAGAGCGACACCAGCAACAGCAGUAUCAGAAAUACCCCCCGCACCGCCGAUGAGCACGGCUGGCUACGCACGGUGCGAAAGAAGUUCUACAUACAACACCAGUAGCAACAGCAGUUAUUUAAAAAAAAAACUGUCAAAUGGUUGAACUUGCACCACCAUCAACCACGGAGGUCGUCACUGCCUGGUGUCACAAUCACACCUCGCCAUCGCUUCUUUCCUUCUGCCAGAUCCCGCGGCAAUUGCACAUCUGACACCCUGACCUUCCAAUGUCUGCUCUUCCAAGUCUCAUCACCACACCAACCACAUCUGGCUUGCGUUGUAAUUUUACCACCGCCAAUUCCAUCGAUCAAUCACCAAUCGCACCGUGACCAAUUCGAUCACCGCGCAGCGAGAAGCUUUUCCGCCGCCAACGUCUUCGGCGGGAAUCGGGCCGAUCGCCACCGUCGCUGGGGCCCGAUUUGGCUGUUUUUUCUCGCCGGGGAUUUUGGGCUAAUGACAAACGCACACACAGUCGGCUCGGUCUUAAAAGCGUCGCGGUGGCGGCUCGUGCGUGAAGGCUACGCGGUGACGGCACGCGCGUGGGUGAAUCCCGUCGCGUUUUGGACCAAACGGACACCCGUUUAGCGACCCCCGUGUUCGUGAUUUGAGCCCCGGUUUUUUUUUACGAGCUCGAGACGUCGUUGUAGACUCGCCGUUGUUGCAAUGCUGUAAUUAAAUCGCUCUGUCGGCCGCCCGCCGUUCGCCAAAUAAAAACCAAAACACGUCACCGAUGCA